AUUCCUGACCAAUUGUUUGACAGUGGAAGAUAUUUCGCUCUGCUGGUUUUCAACUUAUUGAAUAAAUAAACAUCGGACUUCGCACUUUACUGAUUUACUUCAGUUUUAAAGAAAUACUUUAUGAAAUAAUAUUGCAUUAAGUAAUCCUUUGGAAGAAGUACAACAUUUCACAUAAAGUCUGACGAUACAAGUGCUGUAUAUCUUAAUGAGACGAUAAAUGUGUGGGCAGUGAAAGAAGGAGGCAACGAAACAAUUGUAAAACUAUACUAACCAAAUAAAAUCAAACAAAAGGAGAUAUUUGAAGUAUUUUCGGAACAUCGUUACAAGCUCACCAACAACUAAAAAUGUUCGGUAGACUUCGAGAUUUUGUUACACGACACCGUCGGAAAUUCAUAGUUACAGGCGUUGUAGUUGGAGGCACAUACGUAGCCAUCAAAUAUGCACAGAAAAAGCUUAUCGAAUAUCAAAAGCGACAAGCACGCGAGUUUUUCGAAAAGACAAGGCGUAUGCAACAUUUUGAGACAACAGAACAUACCUGUAAUAAGGUAAUCAUUGGUAUGGGCACCGAAUUGUAUGCAGCCAUAAUACGUGAAUGCAAUACCGACGCAUUGCUCGAACAACUACGUCAGAAUCCAACUAAUAAACUAGAAUUAUGGGAAGAAAUGAAGAUUGUCGCCUUCACGCGUCUCACAACAUUUAUUUACGCCUCAUCAAUGCUAGUCAUUGCCUUGCGUGUACAAAUGAACUUGCUCGGUGGCUACUUAUACCAGGACGUCACCAUGGAAAGAAAACAGAUCGCGGAAGAACUGAAACAGCAGUAUCUCUCACUCAUUGGUUAUUUCAUACAUGAUGGUGGCUUAAGUGAGCUAAUACGUGUGAUACGUGCAAAAGUGCUUGUUGUUAUGAAGACAUUACCGCUGAUGAAACGCUUUAGUCUCUCAGAUAUCGAACAACUCUUCUGGACACUACAAAUGGCAAUCAACAGCGAUGUUGGUGAUCCCAAUGCAAAAAUGGCAACAUAUUUGCUGCCACCGCAAGUACCAGAAUACAAUACAGUAGGACCACUGCUGCAGAAAAUGUACAAUGAAACCUUGGACUUGCUGGAGAGCGACGAUGCUGCCAGUGUGUGCUCAAACAGCAUCUGCCGUGGAUUCUCGUUAACAGUAGAUGCCAUUGCCGAAAGUAUGGGUGAAACAUUAACACAAGCGCAAAAAAGUGCAACCAAUGAAGAAAAUAAAAGCAAACCAAAUGGCGAUGGUGGCGAUGCGUUAGCCGCAAAUAGUGUGCUCAGCAUAAAUAGCAUAGAAAUGGCUUUAGCUAAACUUAUACCGGUUGUAAGUGGUUUAACAGCGCAAGGUUUUGAUGAAAAAUCGCGUCCACAGAAUUUAGCCACCUCGCUGAUCACUUUCUAUUUGGUGGAUGAAAAGAGCAAAGUAUUCGGUGCGAAUGUGUAUGAAACGUUUAGCUCCACAUAAAUCGUUUGAUUGUGACAUGUACUACAACAAAUAGGAGGCCUUUGAAACGCAAACCAACUUUCGACUGCUGUUCAACGAAGUUUAAGUUUUUCAAUAUUUUGUGCUGCAAUAACAAAAAUGUACCUACAAACACUUAUAACAUGAAAAAAUAGCUUUUUAAAGAUAACAAAUCAUAGCAGCAGAAAACAUAUUUAAAAACAGAUCUUAUAAAGAUUAGUUAGUACCAGGUAGAAUUUUAUAAAUUCACUAAAGCAGAUGGUAUUGGAGUAAACAUAAUUUUUUUUUUCAAUUUUAUUUACUCAAAUUCAUUGUGACCUUAAACGCAAUAAGCUGGUUUUGAAAACAUUUUUUUAACUAAAAAUAAUUAAAUAUAACAUUUCUAUAAAAUAGUAAACAGCGUUGCAGUGACAUAUAAAAAAUAACGGUAUAUUUUGUAUGAAAAUAAAACGAAAAAAGAACCAUUCAUUCCAAAAAACGUAUCUAAACGAACAAGGAACAAAGAACUUUCCACCAUAAUUUAUUUAUUGCUUUAAUUAUAUAACCGAAAUUAUUUGUAAUGCAUUACAUAAGUAAUUAUUUGGCGCUAACUAUAAAUUGUUCAAAAAAAUAUGUAUUAUAUAAAUCAAUAUGUGUAUGUAUGUAACAGCAUAUUUUUGUGACUGGGAAAUAUAUUUAAACUUGUAAUUUAUAAAAA